AUGGCGGCCGUCACUCCCGUUCCUGUGACUCUUUCCAAAGACAAAAUUCCGACUAAAAAGAAUGUCAGAGACAUUAUCGGCACAUUCCUGACGGAAGAAUGGCCAUCUGUGGAUCCCGAGACCCUAAUCGUGUCAUACCAUGCAUCCUUUGCCAACGCCCACUGUCCCGUGGAGCGGCCGAGGCCCGCUACUGGCACAUCUACUGAGACCUUGAAGGUGUUCAUCAAAUUUCACCAUGAGGGCCAGGGGAGCCUCGAUGUUUUCAAGCCUUUGGCACCAACCAAGCAUGGGGAAGCACUUCUCUGCCACGAGUACGGUCGAACCGGAUUAGGAGCCAAAGUCUACGGAUUCUUCAAGACCCAGGAUGGCACACUCGGGAGAAUCGACGAGUUCCUAGAUGCACGUAACAUGGAACCAGAGGACGUUGAGAAUCCGAUUAUCCGAGCGGAUGUUGCUAAAGCACUGGCCGUGUUUCAUGUCUUGAAGACGCCACUAGAGACAAAGGCAGUGGAAUCAUACUAUGAAGCCAUCAUCAAAGGACUCAGAAGUUACCACAAAAUGGACAAAUUGAAGGCACUCGGGAAAGAAGGAGGUGUCAGUAUCGACAAAUUAGUUGACUACGACUAUGGGAGGAGGCUGAAAAAUGUGGUGGACAAGCUGGAGUCUAUAGGAGGAAAGACAGGAUGGUGUAUUCAUGACAUCCAAUUCAUGAACGUGAUGGUUAAGAAUAAUCCGAAGGAUGGGGAGAGCAAAGUCACACUGAUUGACUUUGAGUUCGUGAUGCAGAACUACCGAGCCUUUGACAUCGGAGGGCACUUCAUGCAAAAGAUGUUCAAAUGGUUUGAUGAGGAGAGCAGGAUAGCAAAUUGCAGGAAAUAUACAGAGGUGGAGAAGAGACACUUCUGUGAUGAGUAUGCCAGGCAGUGGAAUCAACUGACAGGCGAUUCAGAUACAGCGGAUCAGGUGUUCCUUGAAUCCGAGUACGGAUAUCUGUUGGCCAUCACUUUUGACAUCCAUAACAUGCUUUGCUUCAUGGAUGAAGAAGAUGACAAGGAUCCAUUGAACCUGCUCGGACUAAAUAAGCUGUUCGAUGAAUUUGUGGACCAGUAUGCUAGACUUAAUUUAGAAGAUCUAUAA